UCAUUCACAUCCCAUCACCCCCAGAGACCCAUUUGAAAGUUGGAAAAGAUUGUAACAGGGGCUUCAUAAAAGGGGCCCCAAAACCCAAACCCUAACCUCAUUCGCUCGCGGUUAUGGCGUCCGAGAGCGCUUCUCGAUCGAGUUCUGCGGCGGAUACCUACAUUGGCAGCUUGAUAAGCCUCACUUCCAAGAGUGAAAUCAGAUACGAGGGCAUUCUGUACAACAUCAACACAGAAGAGUCCAGUAUUGGCCUAAGAAAUGUGCGAUCUUUUGGUACAGAAGGAAGGAAAAAAGAUGGCCCACAAAUUCCCCCGGGUGACAAGGUUUAUGAGUAUAUACUUUUCCGUGGUACUGACAUCAAGGAUUUACAAGUCAAAUCCUCUCCACCUGUGCAGCCUCCUCCACAAGUCAACAAUGACCCAGCUAUUAUUCAGUCUCACUAUCCUCAUCCUGUCACCACACCUACAAGUUUGCCUUCUGCUGUAAGUGGGCCUUUGACUGAUCUUAACUCUCAUACCCCUCAGCUUGGACUUCCUGGGUCAAAUUUUCAAGGGCCCUUACCUUUGUAUCAACCUGGAGGUAACAUAGGAUCAUGGGGAGCUUCUCCGCCUGCUCCAAAUGCAAAUGGUGGUAGGCUUGCUAUGCCAAUGUAUUGGCAAGGAUAUUAUGGUACUCCCAAUGGGCUUCCUCAAUUGCAACAACAAUCUUUACUUCGACCUCCACCUGGUUUAUCAAUGCCUUCCUCCUUGCAGCAGCCUAUGCAGUAUCCCAGUUUUAGUCACUCUUUACCUACUGUAUCUUCAAACUUACCAGAAUUACCAUCAUCUUUACUACCUGUGAGUACUACUACCCCUAGUUUAACAUCUGCUUCCUUGCCUCCGUCUAAUUUUGCCCCAGCACCUUCUGCUUUGCCUCCUGCACCUUCUGCAUUGCCUCCUGCACCUUCUGCAUUGCCUCCUGCACCAUCUGCUUUGCCUUCGGCUUUGCCUCCUGCACCUUCUGCAACGCUUGCUUCUGAAAUUUUGCCAGCAUCAGUAACAAACAAGAUACCCAAUGUUUCAACUUCAGCAACCAUGUUAGCUGCUAGCUUACCUUCACUGACUUCACUGACUAAUUCUGGUCCAGAAAUAAAUGCUAUAGUUCCACCCAUCAACAGCAAACCAAAUGCAAUUUCAGGUUCAAGCUUAGCCUAUCAAACUGGAUCACAGUUGUCUCCUGCAGUUAUUGGAUCAUCAACUUCUAUCCAUACAGAAACAUCAGCCCCUUCUCUGAUUACCCCAGGUCAAUUAUUGCAGCCUGGACCAUCAAUAGUUACUUCAGCUCUUCCUUCACAAGCACCUCAUAAGGAUGUUGAAGUGGUUCAGGUAUCAUCAAUGCCAUCUUCUGAGUCAUCUCUGCCAGUUUUUACUGAUGUUCAACCACCAAUACUGCCUUUGCCAGUAACUUCACGACCCAAUCACAGGGUAUCCUCUCUUCUUGAUCUAUUAGUUUGUUUUUUAUUGUUUUUUAUAUGUUUGUAUGUUUCCACACAAUAUCGUAAUAUGGGGGAUGUUUUGUUAAUGAAUUGGAAUAAUCUCAUCCUCUAAAGGUAUUUAGGGUGCAUGGAUGGACAGUUGUAAAUGAUUUUAGAUUAUCCUGAUUUUGGUUAGAAUGAAGUGCAUGUUUGAUUGAGCAUUUGUAAGAUUCUAAAUGAAUGUAA